AUGAGUCCCUUUAUUUGCUCACUCCUCGUCCUCCACAUUCUUUUCUUUUGCCUGGUCAGGGCACCGUUGUCUUCCUCCCCGAUGCCACAGGUCGUCAGUGAGAGCGAGGAGGGUAUUCAGCAUUUGUGGAACCAUGUGCAACGUGGCAUUUUUCUCGGCGAGUUGGACAUACACGACAAAGUUGUUGCCCGUUCAUGGAAACAUUUUUUGAUCACCGAUGGCAAGGAUUGGAUUAACCACAAAGCUUCAGAAGCUGCCAAACCCUCAUUCCUCGACCUAACGCGGUUCAAGCCCGAAAAGGCUCUUUAUGAGUUCAGUCAGCACUCUUCAUCUGAAAAGACGAUGGCUGAGGAACUAGUCACUAAAUUUGCAGAGUUGCGGAAGAAAGAGAUUCUGAUCUUAAAGGAUCAGAAGAAGUUGGAAGCGCAUAUGGCACAACAUGAUGCGAUGAUCAAGACGAGGAACAAGCAGUGGGGAAAAGAUCUUCGUCUCGGUUAA